CGCGGCGCGGUCGGCCGGAAGAAGUUGUGCCACAGCUCCAGUCAGGCUCUGGCAGUGACAGCCAUAGAGCAUGGAGGGGCGGGCUCUCCCGGGGUAUCCGCACCUUGUUAUUGGUUGCAAUCAGACGGUUGUAUAACGUACGCACAAUUUCGGGCACAUUGUCUGAAAAUGCGCAAAUAACGAUAAUGGAGGCGGAUCUACAUCUAGCACCGCUAUACGGAGCAAAGCGGACCGUGUAGCCCACAUCGUCCGGGAAAAGCACGAAGCCUUUUUGACAUAAAAACCCUCAUCGACUCACAGUCCUGGAAGGGAAAAAAAAAAAGUCUCCUGACUGUAUCUCCCAGGAAAGACGGAAGCCAUCGGCAAGGAGGACAACCGCUUUGUCCGUGUGCUGGCAAAGGAAGCCGAGAUGUAAUAUCUUUGAACGGAGGCUAAUUGUUUUUACACAGGCAAUGUAGCCGAUAAGACACAGGAAAUCUGGCGGCGAGACACACAAGAGCAGCACGGAGCACUGAUCAGGUUUCCAUUCAGAUGUAACUCACAUCAUCCUGGAUAGUCCGUGCAUGUCCAAGGAUUGGGUCAAAUAAGCCCUAGCCUCUGGUCCAUGCAGAGAAUGGCUCAUGGGUGGGACUCAUACUUCCAAAACCUCCCACCUCUAUCAGCUGAUCCAACAACUUUGAGAAGGACCUCAGAGUCGGAAGGAAGUCUUUCCCAACAUUUAGAGAACUUCAUUGGACAUCAUGACUUCACCGACACAGUGGUUUCAAACGAAGCCCCUGCUCCAAACUCAAACUUCAACACAAACUAUUUCUCAAAUCCCAGUAUUGGUAAUUCUGGCUCAGACUGCGUUUAUCAGAGAUACUACAGGGACACACCAUGGCAAGCUGAUGGAGAACAAAUGGAAAAGGAUUACUUGCCAAGUUGUGGAAAUAGUGAUAUCUCAGACUUUGCCACAGAUGGAUUAUCAACAUCAGUAUCAUUUCCUUCAUCUUUUGCAACAGAUUUUCAAGGACUUAAGCAAGACUGUGGAAUGCUAGCCACAUCAUUUCUUGAGGACUACUCAGAUGUCAGUAGCUGCUCAGAUGCAGAUGGUGGUGAAACAAGGCCCUCUUGUAAAUUCAUUGCAAGUAAUUCAGUUCCGAAACCUAAAACUGAUGUUUGUACUAAACACCAAUCAUCAGAGUGGCUUUUCAGCCAUACUGGAAAUGUGAUGUUUCCAACUGAGAAUCUGUGCCCUGAUAUGUCAGAGACUAAUGUAAUCUUGCCAAGUCCCUCAAAUAUGAAGGGAGAAAACGUAGUUGAAUGUUCACAUGAUGAGAUGAAAAGUCCUGAAAAAACUGUCAAAUCUUACACAGGACACGAUCAGUCCUCUGCUACUUCUAAAAUGGUGACGACUACAGAGAGUGAGACUGUAGAGGAUAGUCAUGAUGGUGAUGGUUGUCAAGAUAAGAAACAAAAGGAGGAUGUCGAUAGAGCUUUCACACAAGGGAAACAUUCAGACAUCUCAGUAAGUGAACAUACAAACUUGACUGGUGGAAUAGAGGAGUGUCCAGAUGGUAAUAAUGAGGGGGAGCAGAACACUGCAACUGCUCCAAAUAUAAUAACUGCAUUUAACAAUGAGCAAGAUCACUUAAGUGAAAAAGUCCUACAAAAGGAAAUGAAGAGACCAUUCAACCACGAAAAUAAGUUAUUUGAUAAUCUCAACUCCACAGAUGAUCAAGAUCGAGAGCAGAACAGAAGCGAAACCCUAAAUAGGGAAAGGAAAGAAUCAGGUUCAUUAGAAAAUGAGCAGAAUGCCCCAAAUACCAACUCCACUGACAGUCAAGAUGAAAAUAUGAAAACUAUUUGUAAGGUGAAAGAAAUUAAGUCAAAUAUCUCUCAAUCUUCAGAUCCUCAGGGUAUCAAGGUGUCACGUUCUAAAGAUGCUAUUCAUGAAAUGAGUGAAUGCACAAGCAUCCUGGACAGCAACAGUCAUGAUGGUGAAUCCUGUUUGCAGUUACCUGAGCUUCAGUCAUCUGAAAGCACAGCUCAGGACAGCAUUUGUAGGAGCUCUGCUGUGAUGAGCGAUGGUCAGAGAGGUACAGCAGAGGAGACAAACACCACUUCUUCUCCAUAUUCAAGCUGUAGUGGUUCUGGUGUUACUUUUGACAGUCUUUCAAUUGAUGACAAGAACAAACAAAGUGUACAGGCAGAAGGCUCAAUCACAGACAUAAAUCCCUGUCUAGAAAUGGAAUUGACGGAUCCACUAGAAAAGACAACUUCCUCUACAGAUCCAGAAUGUAGUGGCCCUGCUGUGACUAGUCAUGUGGAUUCCCACUUGCAGCCAAGUAGCUCAAGCACAAACACAAAGCCCUAUUUAGAAAGGGAAAUCACCAGUCCACCAGAGAAGAAAACUACAACCUCUUUGACAGAUCCAGACUGUCAUGGUCCUGGUGUCAUAGGUGACAAUCCUUCUAUUGAUACUAGUGACAAGAAUGAUCAAAGUGUUGCUAGUGACCCAGAGUCAAUAAGUAACUUGCACCCUUGUGUAGAAAAAGAAUGGACAAGUCAAGCAGUGAAGGACACCACAACCUCUACUAGCGAUCCAGAAUGCAGUAACCCAGCUACAACUAGUGACAGUCACAAAGAAAGACAGCCAAAGGACUGGACAAGUCCAGUGGAGAAUACAAAUCCAACCCCUUCUCCAGAUCAUCAGCAGUCACUACAUCAAAGUCUGGUGGCCCUAGAACCACAAAAACAUGGUGGAGGUGUAGCUGAAAAUGCAAGAGAGUCAUUUGAACAGUUUGACACAUCUACAGAAGAACAGUCAGAGCUUGGCGUGCUGUACGGUGAACCUCUGUCAAGAGAAGAGUCUUCAUGUGACACAGAUGAAACAAAACUUGACCCAAGUAAAAGUAAAGAAACGUCACCUCAACUAAAAUCCUCCACGCAAAUGAGAAAACUUCUGCAGCCUGUUGUAAUAAUGAAGACCCUAGAGUCCAUAAAUGGAAUGAAUAACUCAUAUCAUUGCAGAGACUGCCAACACACGACCCACAAGGUAGAUAAUCUAAUUAAACACCACCAUUGUUGCCAUUCAGUGCACAGUUUCCACUUUUGCAAGACUUGUAAUCUCUAUCUGAUGAGUAAUGAGAAAGCAGAAAAACAUGUGUGUGGUGGCAAAAAAGAAAGCCCUGAGCUCUCUUCUCAUUGUAGCUCACAGAGGAAAAGAAAACGCCAUGGCCGUCACAAGUGCAUUAAGUGCAAACUCAUGUUUACAAAACUAGUUCAAUAUAUCAGACAUAUGCGGACUCACACCGGCAAAACACCCUAUAAGUGUAAUGAAUGUGGAUCAUAUUUUGCACAGGCUGGUACCCUGCAAAGACACAAGCGGAUACCUGGUAGAUGCAAGCAGGCAAAACCUCCAGUUACAAAUUCUGAUGCUGUUACCACUGAAACUAAAACACCACCACAAAAGGACUUGGUACAGAACAACCCAUGUGCAAAUCUGCCUAAGUGUUACGUGAAGCUUGUUGACAUCUCCAAGACUAAUCUGUGUAGUUUAUGUGGUAAAAGUUUUUUAACUGAAGAGAAGACCAGAAAGCACGUUCUCAGCAUGCACAAGGGAAAGAGUUUGGCAGUUUCAUCAAAUCAGCACACCACAAAACUCAGUGGUGAGAAACCUCAACAAGUAGAGGAUGAGAUAAGAGGAAAAUAUAAGUGUCCUCUUUGUCCACGCCUUUUCAAGUAUUCCUACAACAGGGCUCGACAUUUGCGUGACUGUGUUAGAGACUCAGUGUUUGGUGGCAAGGAUAAAGUUGGUGGUAAAUAUCGGUGUCCCUUGUGCCAUGGUACCUUUACUUUAUCAUCCAACCGAUAUAGACAUAUUAAGACCAGCUGCCUCAGAGAGUGUCUUAAUCGACUUGCAAAAGAAAGGGCAAAAUCAAGGCAAAAGGUUGAACAGAACAAAACACAGGAAUGUGAGCAGAAAAUACAGUCGAAGGAAAAUGAGCAGAAAACACAGUUAAAGGAAAAUGAGCAGAAAACGCUGUCAAAGGAAAAUGAGCUGAAAAAACGAGCAACCUCAGCUGCACCAGCUCUCAAGCCUGUUCCACGUUAUAAAUGCAGUCUUUGUCCAGCAGUUUUUUAUCAUGCUUCUGGAAAAUAUAGACAUAUGAAGAAACAUGAGUUGUUUAAACUCACUGGUAAAAUGUUCAGGUACAGGAAUUCAGUAUUCUCUAUGUCUAAACCAGCAACCUUAAGUAGUACAAAGACUGACGAGACUAUGGAUGACUUAAAAUUAACCGAAGCAAGUAGCAGUGUUCAACUCAGCUGCCAUUUUUGUGGAAAAUGUUUCAACACAUCACAGUCACUUAAGAAACAUGAGCGCAAUCACAGAGGUGAAAGACCAUACCGCUGUCUGGAAUGUGGGAAAGGAUUCAAGAAACGUGCCUAUCUGAUUGGUCAUAAAAUUGUUCACCAGAAGAGGAUACAGUGCACCGUCUGCAGAAAGAUUCUUCCAAGUAUUGGAGAACUGAUCCAGCACAGGAGCUCACAUCUUAAGAGAGGAAUGCUUCAGUGCCCAGACUGUCCUGUACAGUUCCAGUAUCCUGCACAUCUCCUUAGACAUUUAGACUCCCACAAAAAUCGAGAAAACAAGGCACCUCAGCUUGAAGGGAGAUCACCAUUGAGAGCACAGCAGUCCUCUGAGUCUGUGAAAGAGCAGAGUGGACCAAAGCAGCUACAGUGUUCCUUAUGCAAAGAGGUGUUUGAUGAUGCUCAAGUACUGAGAAAGCAUAGUCUUACACACAUAUCUGGGUCCUCAUCAAACCAGUGUCCAUUUUGCAAACGUAGUUUCACUAGUCGCCGCUAUUUGCUGCGCCACAUGAACAAACAUACUGGAGACAAACCGUUUUCCUGCACAAACUGCGGAAAACAGUUUUACCGUGACUUGUACCUUAAACUUCACAGUGAGAGGUGUUUGCCUGCUCAAAGUGGACGUCUUGUCACAAUGGGAUCCAACAGUAAGACCAAGAGACCCUAUAAGUGUUCCUAUUGCUCACGGACAUUUUGUAAGAAAAUCCGCCUGAAAUGUCAUCACAGAGGCCACAAGACCAACACACUCCUUCUAUGCUCAAGAUGUGGCCAGUACUAUGGUUUUAGAAAAUUAAAUCAACAUCAGAAGACCUGCGAGGGAACUGCAGAGCCGAACACUGGCUCUCCUAAUGGAAAUUUCGGUAAAAGCACUUCUCAGACAAACCAGAGUGUCCGUAAAAUGCCUUUGCAGUCCAAUGCAACCAAGUUGCUUCAGCUCAAAUGCCCUUACUGUACACAGAGGUUCAGGUACAGAUCAAUACUCUUACGACACAUUGUUUCACAUACUGGUGUGCAACCCUAUGCGUGUAUGCACUGUGGCCACAGAUAUGGAAGCCAGACAAUGUGUUUACAGCAUGAAGCUUUCUGUGAUGGAGUUUACAAAGAAGGGGCUUCAAAAGUCAAAAAUGACACUGCAGCAAACUUGUUAAACAUACCAACUCUCAGAGAGGCAGCACAGAAACAAGCAGAAGGUGAAACUGAGUACAAGUGCAAAUUCUGUACCAAGACUUUCAUGAAAGCACGAAACCUGAGGCGUCAUAUUUUGACACACAAUGAAGUUAAGCCUUAUCGCUGCAAAGCCUGUGACAGCUGCUUUUCAAGGUAUGACCAUCUGAAAGUGCAUCAGACUCGUUGCAAAGGGAAAAGACCACGAUUGGAAGUCUGUAUUCCCAAAAUCAGUUUAGAAGAUGUUGGCAAGGGUUGGCAGAAUAAGUUUGGAAUUGAGGCUGCCCGAAAGCAGGAGACUUUUGACUGUGAAGUCUGCUCAAGAAGCUUCUCAGCUCAGUCUAAACUUUCCAGACAUAUCACCAUGUUCCAUGUUACAAAAUUAUUCAAGUGUACACGCUGUGGCUCAUCAUUCGCUCAUGAAAAAUCUCUGAAGAAGCAUAGAAAGAUGAACAAGUGCAGAAAGGUCUCCAGUCAAACAAAUACUUCUCUACCACUGGAAACUAAUCCACCAACAGAAAAUGUGGCAGAACCCGUUCAAGGGGUGAGAAAUCGAAUUCUACAAAGGAUUAAGCCUUGUUUUAACAAAAAGUACAAAUAUGUAUGUAGUUAUUGUCCCCGUGCUUUUGGAAACAGGUGGCAGUUAAGUGUGCACACCCGCCUGCACACAGGAGAGAAGCCAUUUGCCUGUGACUAUUGUGGUCAAAGAUUUAUACGGAAGGAUUAUGUGCAGCGUCAUUUCGCGAAGUGCACCAAGAAGCAGCAGCAAAGUGUUGUGCUCUGUGACAGAUGUGGAGGAUUUUUCCCUAAAGUCAAGCUUGAAAAUCACAAAAAAAAUUGCACUUUAACUCCAAGCUUAUCCAAGUCAUCUGCUUGCCAAAGCCAACAGGCAUCCUCGCAAAGCCCACCGAAAGGCUUUUCUUGUGCAUACUGCAGUUCCCGUUUUUUGCUAUUUUCACAGCUCCAAGAGCAUUUUUUGAAUGCGCACAAGCUGGAAACAGUGGUUCCACCGGAGUCUACCGUGCCCCUACAACACCACCUGUCAAAUAUGCCAAACAUCAAGGAAGAGCCUGUGGAUGAGAUUUGUGGUGAACAACUUAAUGAUAGCACUAAUUUAAUCUGUAAUUUAAAUACAGCUCUUGGUGGUGAGGUACCCAAGCAAUUUUUCUGCCCAGAGUGCAAUAUGUCUUUUGCAAGUAAAGCUGGACUAACUGGUCAUGUUCGUGUGCACUCAGUGGAGCAUCCUUUUAACUGUAAAACAUGCAAGCGAGGCUUCUGGAAUAAAAGUCUUCUCCGUAAUCACUACAGGAAAUGUAGAUUUGGACGUAUUUCAGAGAGGAAUGCAAUGCAACACCUGGAGGCCCCUUUGAAAGCAGAGAUCGAUUUUGCGCUGAAUGACUCUGUUCUGGUGUUCAAAGAAGGCUCCACAGAAACUGGUACUGGAGUGUUGCAGACUAACUUUUCCUGCAAAGAUGGCUUGAUGGAAGAAUCCUCACAAAAUUCAGAGGGAAAUCAGGAUGAGGUGCAAAGCAACUCAAGUAAAGAGAAGAAGACUGUGCAGUACCAAUGUUCAGAAUGUGAUAAGAGCUUCACAGAUGGUUUAUUGCUCAUUAGUCACCUUGAAGACCAUGGAAGACAGGAACAAGAGAAAAAGCGCAAUACAUGUACCCAGUGUGGAAAGGUGUGCGCCAGUCAAGGAAAUCUUGAAAAACACAUGAAAAUGCAUGGAUCUGAACAUAAAUACCCUUGUCCUGACUGCUCCAAGAUGGCCUACAGCUUAUCUGAUCUUGAAAUCCACAGAACAUGUCAUGACCCAAAUAGACCUUAUGCUUGCAAACUGUGUAGUAGUAGAUUUUGGACAAGACAGUCUUUAAGUAAUCAUUACAGCGAAGAGCAUCCAAAUGAUGUAUUCACUUGUCGUUUCUGUAACAAGACCUAUGAAGUUAAAAAAUCACUGACAAGACACUAUAAAAAAUGGCAUCAAAAAGAGCAGCAGGAUCUUCAGGAAAAGAGCAGCACAGAACAACAAUCCAAUAGUCAAGUAAGCACAGCUGGUGAAAGUGAUGAGGAUGAAAAUCACGGCAGUGGGGACAGCGAUUCAGACUCGGCGCCAUACUUCCCAUGCCACGUGUGCGGCAAGACAUUCCCAACAUCAGAAAGUCUUGAGGACCAUCAGCGGUGUCACCUGGGUGAAAAGCCACACGAGUGCGAAGAAUGUGGAAAAUGCUUUUUCCAGGCAUCCCAGCUGCAGCAACAUCAGCGGAUGCACAAGUCUGAAUUUCAGUGUCAGGCAUGCGGCAGGGGUUUUGUCUCUUUGUUUGCACUGCGUAAACAUAAGCAUACUCAUGGCAAGAGCCGUCCAUACCGCUGCUCUAAGUGCCACUUCAGUUUCACAGGACCCUCACAGUUAGCAGAACACAUGAUUACCCACCGUGAAGAGAACUUCCCAUGUGACAUAUGCAAUCGUGUGUUUCUCUCCAAGAGUAGUAGAGCUGAGCAUCGAAAAAGCCACUCAAAGUCAGGUGACCAUCUCCCGCCUUCAGUUUUGAUGCCAGAGCAUAAAAGCUCUCCUUCACUCUCUGAAAGCUCAUCAGUAUUCACCAAAGAACUUAAAUAUCGCUGUGGGGUUUGCAAUGACCGUUUCAGAGACCCAGAGGAGCUCUCAGAGCAUGGUUGCUUGGCAGCCAAAGAGCGCCCAUACUCAUGCUCAGACUGUGAUAAACAUUUUCUGCAUGCAUCUCACCUGAAAAAGCACCAAACCACCCACCAACUGUCAUGGUCAAGUUGUGAAUAUCCGUGCAAUUGGUGUAGCAGCAGUUUUUCCUCCUCUCAGAACUUCCUCCGCCAUCUCAAGACCCAUGUUGAUACUGCAGCAGACAUUAAACAUAACGCUGAGAGUAAAGAUAGAGAGCCUUUCAUAUGUCCAGUUUGUCAUCAGUGUUUUGCCAGUGCCACUGAACUGAUUUGUCAUUUUCCCACGCAUCCCGAUGGUACAUUUGUGUGCAAAAUUUGCAAAAUGACAUUUACCUCUGGAAGCAAGCUCAAACAACAUGAGUGCUGUCAUCUGACAUCAACUACUGAGUAUGAAUGCACAGAGUGUGGCCAGAGCUUUUUGGGAAGCGAUGCUUUCCGCCAGCACCACUGUUCUCGUCAACAGCAUGCAAUAUUGGAGUCCAAGUACUCAAAUCCAUCAGCUAAGGAGUCACCUCCAACCUAUUAUCAAGUAGCAGGAGAUGAGGAGGAGGUUGAUGUCACUGGAGAUGACUUGUACAAUUGCCCAUAUUGCUCAAUGCAGUUCUCCUCCAAAAGUAGCCUGUUGGAGCAUCAAAACAAACAACACCUAAAUAAGAAGCCAUUCAAAUGUGAGCUUUGUGGAAAAACCUUUGCAGUGCGGCGGUACCUCAGAGAGCAUGAGCGAAGGCAUCGUUUAAAACUGGCAGCUCAAAAGAUAGCUCCAUUGGCUGAAGACAAGUUGAAAUGUUCCCAUUGCCACAGCGAAUUCAACACACCGCAAGAUCUGUCUUUGCAUAUGAGACUGCAUGCUGAAAAGGAAGUUGGAGAGUACCGCUGUGAUAUGUGCUAUAAGUCAUUCAGCCACUGGUCUCUUCUUAAGCAGCAUCAAGAAAGUCAUGUUGGCCAGGUUGUAUAUGAAUGCACAGAAUGUGACAAAGCCUUUGCUUUUCCUCACCUACUGGAAGAACAUCAACAAACUCAUGCUGGUUCCUCUCAGUAAUGAUUGUUAGGUGCCAUCUACCUUAUCUUCCCUUUGAAUAACUAACUUAAGUAACUUGAACUCCCUUUCAUGCCUUACAUCAGACUACGUACCUCCACCUGCAAUUACAGUAUAGAUCCACUUUGUAUUUUUGGUCCCCCUACUGAACAAUGCUCCUGACUCAUGUCACUAUGACAGAGCAUCUUCUCCUUAGUUUCUAUAGGUACUGUACAUAUAUUUUCAGUUCUAAUAUUGGUAUUUGUACACGGUAAAUUAGCCACAUAGUUUCCUGACAGUGUUUGUAAAUGAUGUAAAAGUUUUGUAAAGCUGCUAAAUAUUCUGUGAUGGAUGCAAAGAAAGCAUGAUGGGAUAAGAUGUUUAUAAAAUAUCUUGGAGAGACUUAAAUAUCUGAUCAGAUAUGAUCAUUUUUGAUGUUAAACAUUUAUUUUAAAAUAGUUUUAGUCUGUUUUGUUGUCAAUAUGUAAAAUGGACUUCAAACUAGUUGUUUUAAUCUACUGGUAUUUUCUAUGGUAUGACUAUUAAUGUACUAUAGAUAAUUUUGUAAUUUUCAGUUUUGCCUGUGUUUAUCAUGGGUUGUAUUGUUUGAUAUUGAUAACUAUCUUGUACAGAUGCUCAAAAUGUGAGUAAUUGAAUAUCCUUUUCACAACCCGAGGAUGUUACUUUUCUUAAGAAAUUUGAGUUGAUGCGUUCAAUUAAGAAGUAAAGUCAACUUGAAAAUGAA